GGGAUCUAAGAUUGGAGUCUACAUAUACCUCCCACCACAAACCAAAUUAACAUUGGCACUCGCACCAAUUCCUAAGAAACCCAGACCAAGAGAAUCAUGACAACCCAACCGCCAAGGUUUCUGUUCCUCUCCCUCUGCUUAGCAACAGUGCUCUUCGGGCUGCGGCCAAUUCCAGCCGUCGGUGACGCCGUGCCCGUAACCACAACCAACGCCACGGAUUUCAUCCGCAACAGCUGCGGAACAACCUUGUACCCGGACCUGUGCUACACCUCGCUCUCCCGCUAUGCCAAUGCCAUACAGCAAAACCCGGCCCAGCUGGCCAAAGUCGCCAUAGGCGUGAGCCUCGCCAAGGCCCGGCGCAUUGCCUCCUACGUCUCCAACGUCUCCCGCCAUGCCGACUACGGCGCCGACCCGCUAACUGCUUCCGUCCUCCAAGAUUGCUUCACCAACUUCGGCGACGCCGUGGACGAGAUCCACGAUUCGCUGCAGCAGAUGCGGCAGAUGGUCGCCGCCGGAGCGGAGUCGUUCAGGUUCCAGAUGGGCAACGUGCAGACGUGGAUGAGCGCGGCGCUGACGGACGAGGAAACGUGCACGGACGGGUUCGAGGGCGUCAAGGAUGGUCCGGUGAAGACGGACAUGUGCGAUCGGGUGGCGAAGGUGAAGAAGUUCACGAGCAACGCGCUUGCUUUGGUGAACAGUUAUGUCGCCAAGGGGAUCCCUUGAUGCAUCAGCCAUGUAGAUAGAAUAUUACUGUGAAAUUAAUCUUGUUUUACGUUGGAGUGAGCUAGCGAAAGCUAUUAUGUGCAUAUUUGGGGUUUUGAUUUUUGAUCUGUAUUGCCCCUCGAUAAGAUUUCUUUUAGAAUACUUUCUAUUAUCCGAAGAGAUAGAUCCCAUAUUAAUUUAUAGGUUUUAUUGUAUUAAAUACAAUAAGAACCAUAUAUGGUAUCUAUUUCUAUCCGACAUAGAAAAUAUUUUAAUAAAAAAAUGAUUGAAAGAAAGAUCAGGGGAAGCAUUUGUUUUUAUUUCCAUUUGUAUGAAUGUUUUAGCUCAAACUCAAA